GCAUUAUGUCGAGGUAACGAAGGUCGGAAACCGUAACCAAGACCAAACUUAUCUGACAUUUCACAUAUGUUUAAUUCUCUGUAAGAAUGAGGUGUUCUUGUAUUAUUAUAUUUUCCUUUAUCCUAGUGGUUUCUUCACAGCCGGAAAGCUGUCAUGUGGGCUGGAUGCGCUUGCAGGACAAAUGUUAUUUUUUCAGUCACACCACAGCCAGCUGGUUCGAUGCCGGUGAUGCAUGUGCACAGUUCCGUUCUAAACUAGCAGAACCCAGAACAGUUACGGAGUCUAACUUUCUUAAGAGUCACUGCCAGGCUUUAAAUGUAAACAUGUGGAUUGGAAUAUCGGACAUUAUUGAAGAAGAUCGGUGGGAGUUUUCUUCUACACAAGACGUCGUUAAAAACACCGAAUUCGGUCCUGGGGAACCUAAUGCUCACACCGAUCAGAACUGUGUGGCUCUCUGGAAAGAUUUCCAUGGACUAUGGGCGGAUCAUACGUGUACAGAACGUCUGAAUUUCAUCUGUGAAGCGGAUGCUGCAGGUGGAAACACAGAAAUUAUCGGAUGAAGUGUUUGUUAUCAUCAUGCUUCUGUGAUAAUAAUAAACUUUAUCGCUUUA